AUGGAACGACUCAACUUACCUAAGGUCCCCAUCGUGGUAUGCACCGACUCGCGAUCGCUAUACGAUUGCCUUGUCAAGCUCGGCACCACCAAGGAGAAACGCCUUAUGAUUGACAUCAUGGCAAUGCGCGAAGCCUACGAGCGCAGCGAACUCAUGGAUAUCAGAUGGAUCGACGGUCGCGACAACCCAGCAGACUCUAUGACAAAGGCAGGUUGCAACGCCGCGAUAGAGAACCUCAUCAACUCUAACGAGCUCAACCUCCGAGUGCAAGGGUGGGUCAACCGUGAUCGCAACACCAAGCCCACGACCGAGAGCACCGAGCUCAGCAACCUUGAAGGCACCAAGUAG